CCCUUUCCUGGCAUCUGCCAAGACUGUGAAAGAUAAAUGCCGAAGGCCAAAGCGGGGGGAGGAGGACGAGGAGGAGGAUGGAGGAGUGGGAGGAAAUACAUGGCAGAAGUUUGGGAAGGGCUUUGGGAGCAGGCAGCAGAGAGACGCAGAGCAGAGCAGCAGCCCCCGGACAGGCAUCGGCUCGGACCAGGAGGACAGCAAACCCAUCACUCUGGAUUCCACAGACUUCCAGGAAAGCUUCGUCACCUCGGGGGUGUUCAGCGUCACCGAGCUCAUCCAGGUGUCCCGAACGCCGGUGGUGACGGGCACGGGGCCAAACUUCUCCCUGGGGGAGCUGCAGGGCCACCUGGCCUAUGACCUGAACCCCUCCAGCACCGGCAUGAGGAGGACGCUGCCCAGCACCUCCUCCAGUGGGAGCAAACGGCACAAGUCGGGGUCCAUGGAGGAUGACAUCGACACCAGCCCGGGGGGGGAGUACUAC